AUGGUGCACAAGGCACUGGCGUUGUCCCGGUACCUGACCUCCACCCCCGGCUCCCGUCCUUGCCUCCUCCAGCUAGCUUAUCAGAGUGCCACCCAAGGCGAUGCGCCAGAGGUUAUUGCUCUCCAAGAGGCAGCAGGAAAUUACCCUUCAGGCCAGGAGAUCUUCAUGCCACAGGUAUCAAAUUUGUCUGUCUCAGAGUUUCAGCAUCCCUCAGGGAAAGAAAAUGGAAGCUGUCGCCAUUCUGCAACUCUGGCUUGCCCCGGUAACUUCAGUGAAGGUCUCUGGCAACAGCUGCACCCUUCUACAGGAGCAUGUUGUGGAGCUUCACUGUGGAGCUUUGCUGACCUGGGUGGCCAUGCCACCCUGUGGAGGGAGCCGGCAGGCCAUGAAGGGCAUGGGAUGUCUCUGACUGGUUGCAUCAUGGCUCACCCUGCCCCAGAGAGCAGGAGGGUGCUGGUGAUGUUGGGGGUGGAGCUGGAGGUGGCUGUCCUUGGGAGGAAGGUGUGGGGCUGUCUGGCUCUGGCUUUCAGACGGUCUGCAGCUCCCAAGAGGAGAGCCAGGAUUGCCCUCCGCACCACAGCCUCCAGCUCCAUUGUGCCCAGGCUACCGCCUCUGUGUGUGCAAGAGCUUCCUCCUGUGCAAAGCCUUCAGACCCACCACCCUGUUCAGCAAACUAGAGGGUAA